UUUUUGUUCUGCUUACUGCAGGUUUCUUGAUCCAAUAGUCUACGGCGACUACCCGCCGGAGAUGCGGCGGCUCCUGGGCUCCCGGCUGCCGACCUUCUCGCCGGAGGAGAGAAGGAAGCUGGGUUACAAGCUGGACUUCAUCGGGAUAAACCACUACACCACCCUGUACGCCAUGGACUGCAUGUUUUCGUCAGGCUGCCCACUGGGGCAGUGGACCCAGAAUGCGCUAGCGGCCGGCACCGGAGAAAGGGACGGAGUCCCCAUCGGACCACCAACAGGGAGGUCGAUGUUCUACGUCGUGCCUGACGGCAUAGAGAAGAUGGUCACCUACAUCAUGAAGAGAUACAACAAUCUGCCAAUGUUCAUCACCGAAAAUGGCUACCCACAGGUUGAAGAAGGUCAUACCAAUGCCCAAGAAUGGCUUCACGACCAGGCUAGGAUACAGUACCUUGAUGGCUACCUCACCAAAGUUGCCAAAGUUAUAAGGGACGGAGCUGAUGUUCGUGGCUACUUCGUCUGGUCUCUCCUCGACAAUUUUGAAUGGCUAUAUGGAUACACCCUCCGGUAUGGGCUGUACUACGUUGACUACCAAACACUGGAAAGAAAGCCCAAGUCAUCCGCGCUGUGGUACAAAAGGUUCCUCCAAAGUUUACAUGAAGAUCAAUAGAGAGGGAGCCUUAUUUAAAUCUUGAGAAAAGUGUGUGACGGCUGAGCAUGCUGGCUCUUCAAUUUAUGAAAAUGAAGAGCAUGGUUUUGUAUAAAUUGAUUAAUCCUGAAUAAACGGCCACCAAGUCGCCAAAUAAUUAAUAUGACCUCCUGAGAACAAAGUA